GCCACUUGUCAAACUGAAGACCCGUGUUUAUAUUUUUCUUUUCAGAAUACUGGAAUACUAAAAAACUACACGUGUUGCGAGGAUUAUUAGAAAUUUAAACCAUAUUUUUUUUUGUAUCAAAUGACUAUACAAAUGGAUAAAAAGCAUUUACUGACGUUUAUGCGUUCUGAGAGUGAAAAGAUACUGGAUCUUUUGUUGACUUUCAAUGUCCCCGAUUCAAUAGAAGACAAUGACUACGAUGCCUAUCUACUAACAUCCAACAAAAACUCCAGCAAACCUUUACCCACCAAACAAAAUUCAGCCAGCGACUCUAUUGAUGAGCUACAGGAUCGUCUUAAUCGCAUUAAAAAUAAAAUGAAAACCAAAAAAGGCCCACAAACUGAAAAGGCUAAGAAACGCAAAGAAGCCAAAAAACUCAAAAAGAACAAAGAAUUCAAAAAGGUACUGGUAUCAGCGGCAAAAUCUAUGAAAAAUGAAAAAAUCAAACAGGACCAAGAUGAUGAAAAGCAAUCUAAGAAAGACAUUAAGCCCAUCAUACCAAAGCCUGUCUUCAAUGAAGAGGGUAAAAUUGUAUUCUCCAAAUUUGAUUUUGCCCAAAAGAAAAAGAAAUCCCAUCAAAAUCCCCGCGAUAUACUCAAACAAUUGAAGGCAACCGAUAGGAAAAUCAAUGAGCUAAAAGAAUCGGGUGAAACAGAGAAGGCUUUGGAGAUGAAAAAUGAAUUGGCCUGGAAGAAGGCAUUUGACAAAGUCGAUGGUAAAAAGGUUAAAGACGACCCUAAACUAUUGUACAAGGCCAUCAAGAAACGUAAAGUAGAAAAGAAGAAGUCCAAGAAACAAUGGCAAGAACGCAAGCAAAAAGUGGAGAAAGAUAUCUCAGCCAAGCAGAAAAAACGUCAAGAGAAUCUGGACAAGAGGGUUAAGGAUAAGCAAAAAACUAAACUUAAAAAAGCUGCAAAGAGGGGAAGAGUUAUACCGGGAUUUUAAUAAAAUUUUAGUAUUUAGAGAAGGGA